CGUGACAAGUGUUUUUACUUAAUGAGGAAACUAUUGGCCAGGAGAGGAGCGCUCGUUCGAUCAGUGAUAACUUUGAAUUCCCGUACAGGUGGCAUCCAGAAUAAUUCAAGUAAUGCUCAAACAAGGUCAAACUCAAUUACAUUGUGAAAUAGCACAAUUACUUCUGCUCGAUUUUCAUUCAAACAAUUGGAAAGAGAUAAACUGCCGGUGGGGAGUCAGAUAAAGUGUUCGAUUCUCUCGCAUUAUCUCUGAUAAGGAGGGCUCUCUGCGGAUUCCACCCAUAUUUAACUAACAAUCCACUCGGCUUGCAACGCAUUCGCAGCCCGCUCCACAAUCUAGCAACAUGUCGAAACUAAUCCGUUGGGGAAUCGCUUCUGCCGGCAAGAUCAGCGAGGACUUCGUCAUCGCGCUCAGCACCCUGCCCUCCAGCGACCACAAGGUCCAGGCUGUAGCCGCCCGAGCUCUUGAUCGCGCCCAGGAGUUCGCCACCAAGCACGGCAUUCCCAAAGCCCUCGGAAGCUACGACGAGCUGGCCAAGAGCACCGAUGUCGAUGUGGUCUACAUUGGCACCCUGAAUCCCCAGCACUACGAGGUCGCCUUGCUGAUGCUGAACAAUGGCAAGCACGUUCUCUGCGAGAAGCCGCUGGCCAUGAACAAGAAGCAGGUGGAGGGCAUCCUGGCCGCUGCCAAGACCAACAAGCGCUUCUUCAUGGAGGCCGUGUGGUCGCGAUUCUUCCCCUCGUACCAGCGCGUUAAGGAGCUCAUCUCCAGCGGACAGCUGGGCCAAGUCAAGGAUGUGGAGGUCAACUUUGGCUUCCCUCUGGCCCAUGUGGACCGCUUGCAGAAACGCGAUCUGGGAGGCGGUGUGGUCUACGAUCUGGGUAUUUACACCAUCCAGGUCUCGCAGUGGGCAUUCCAGGAGAAGCCGGAGAAGAUCGAGUCCAAGGGAACCCUGAACGCCGAGGGCAUCGACGAUGAUGUGAGUGCCACCUUGACCUACAGUGGUGGGCGCACUGCUCGCAUGCGCUUCUCCUCCAAGGAGAAGCUUGCCAACACUGCCGUGAUCAAGGGCACCAAAGGACAAGUUACCCUGAUUGACUUCUGGACGCCCAACAAGCUCAUCGACAUCGAUGGCCAGGUGAAGGAGUGGCUGCCUCCCAAGGGCAAGUACGCGACCAACUACGUCAACUCCGAGGCCAUGCGCUAUGAGGCGGAGGCAGUGCGUCAGUCCAUCAUCGCCGGCGAUGUGGAGAACAAGAACGUCACCUACGCCGACAGUUUGCUCUUCGCCGAGAUCGAGGACACCAUCCGCAAGCAGAUCGGUGUGCUGAACAAGUACGAUGAGCAGUAAAUGUAGAUUUUAUAGAUAAACGUGUAACCCUAACAAAAUAAACAGAACUUUUUACAAAAAAUA